GGUGUAACUUAAUAAGUUCCCGUGUCUGGGCCGCCGAACUGAAACUCUUGUACCCCAACGGAUCUGGUUCCUGAGGACUUCGGUGCCACAAAUGCCAUGAUGAACGUUGGCCACCACUGGGUCCUUGACAAGACUCUGUUCAGCUGUGGGAUAAUUGGGCAAUACAGUAAGCACUGCAUUAAUCUUAGUCGCACUUUGAACCUUGCAGAAUACACCGAGUCAAGAGUAACGCUCUGUAAUAUAAAAAACGACUGUUCGACGAUGGUACCACUAGCGCAAGCUACCUUUGACACUAUCCAGCCAUGUCUACUCUCGAUGCCCUCGUACAGAUCAUCGCCAAUGGCGUCAAAGACAUCCAGUCUAAGUCCGCUGAGCGCGGCAUGCCCUAUCCUACGCCAGACACUCCGCUCAGUCCCGAGAGCGAAAAGUUGCAAAGUGACCUCGCGACCGACGCUGCACCCGUGAUCGCUGCUGCAUGGCAGCUCAUCGCGACACUCAAGCGUCCCCAUAUUUACUUUCUGGAGCUCGCGCUUUCGAGUUUCCUCUCCGGAUCCAUAUCCGUCGCGGAGGCAGCGUAUGUCCCCGAUGUCCUGCGCGAAGCAGGCACGAAGGGCCUGCACGUCAACGAGAUUGCGGCAGUCAGAAAUGUUGAUGCUGGAAAGCUAGGCCGAAUUUUGAGACAUCUUACGUCUUGGCACAUCUUCGAGGAGGUUGCACCGGACGUCUUUAGGAAUAACCGUAUCUCCUCUGCUCUAUGCACAGGCAAGCCUGUCCAGGAAAUGCUGGAAAGCCCUAUCGACAGGUGGGACGACACCAAUGGUGUUGCUGCCCUCGUCUCAUUGACCGGAGAUUUCAACCAGCGAGGCAAUGCCUUCUUAGCGGAACACCUCCUGGACCCUGCAACUGGACACUCGCAAGAACCGAACGAGGCUGCGUGGCAGCGCGCCAUGCGUACGAACUUGGUCAGUUUUGAAUGGAUGGAACUUCCGGAGCACGCCCUGGAGCUGCGCAAGUUCAGCAUCGGCAUGCGUGCGACCACGAGCCCUGAUAGCGACAUCAUCGCGACGCGAGGCUUCGAAUGGGAGUCACUCCCCUCGGGCAACCUCGUGAUUGACGUCGGCGGCGGUGUUGGCAGCUUGGCCAUGGCUCUUGCAAAGGCCCACAAGCAUCUCCGAUACGUCGUCCAGGACAGACACGCUGUAGCCAAGGAAGGGGAGCGGCUGUGGAAGGCAACCGUGCCUGGCUUUGUUGAGAAUUGUAUUCCUAUCAAGGACGCCGACGUGUUUAUUCUUAGACACAUCCUCCACAACUGGUCGGACAAGUACGCGAGCAAGAUUCUAUCGCGCCUGCGCGAUGCGGCACAGCCGGCUACCAAGCUCGUUGUAAUGGACAAUAUCGUGGACUACAUGUGUCGCGACUCUGGCGCUGUCGCUGAGAUUACCGGCGCUGCAAGGUCCCAGGCUCCGGAGCCGCUGUUGCCCUACGCCGACUCAGCGGCAGGUUCCAUCUACAGUUUGGACAUUUGCAUGAUGUGCUGUGCGAACUGCCAAGAGCGCACGCUCGGUCAUUUCGUCGAGCUCCUGAAGAGCACAGGCUGGAAGCUUGAGCGAGUGUGUCGCUUCGAGUCUCCCCUUUCGCAGCAACUCAUCUGUUCGCCUCUCUAAUUUGUCCCCGGUGUCGUGCUCAACACACGGCAUAUCUGUAACAUUACACGCCCUCCUUGUACGUCUCUGGUCAACUUGAGUGAAUCUGGUAUGCGUAUUGCCUUGGAUAUAUAACCAAG